AUGCCUCACCGGGUGUCCGUCUCUCCCGUCCUCAGCCGCCCCGUGCUGGGCAGCUCGAGUCCGCCGCCGUCCAAGAGCCCCCAGGAUGCGGCAGUGGCGCAGGCUCUCGAGAUUGCACGGGAGGGCCCCGACGGCGCCUCGGACCCGACGGUCAGCAAGAUCCUCGAGCGUGCGCUCGCCCACGCGUGGGGCAAGGUCCAGGCCCAGCCCGAGUCGUACGUCAUGACGAGGGAUGAGUUUGCCGUCUUCAACUUCUUCCAGCACCGGUUCACGGGAGACAUGGUGGCCGUUGCCGCGCGGAAGCGAUACUGGGACAACGCUCAUGCGUAA